AUGCUUUCAAUAGUUUGGGACUACGUCAUAGUUGGCGGUGGCCUCGCGGGUUCUGUCAUCUCAAACCGCAUGUUGGAGUACAAUAGUUCCCUGAACAUUCUCCUCAUCGAGGCUGGCGAAGACACCCGGUCGCGUACCGACAUUCUUUACACCAACGCUACGAACCUCAUGGGUGGCGAGCUCGACUGGCAGUAUCCGACUAAACCUGUCUCCGCGCUCAAUGACCGCAGUCUUGUCUACAACCAGGGCAAAGGCUUGGGAGGUGGCGCCGCGAUCAACUCUUGUGGUUAUACUCGUGGCCCCAAGGUGGAUUAUGAUGAGUGGGCUGAAAUCGUAGGCGACUCGCGAUGGAGCUAUAAUAGCCAACUACCCUGGAUGAAGAAGGCCGAGGAUUGGUUCAGCACCAACAGUACCGCUCAGCACGGCAAUGGGGGUCCUCUCCACGUUGCUUCCGUCACAUCCACAGGCCGGUCAUACCCCCUCCGCGACGAUGUUGCGGGGGCUUGGCAAGAAAUCGGAGUUACGGGUUUGCCCAACCUCGACAGCAACGCCGGCGAUAACCUUGGUCGCGCCGAGCUCACCGAGACCAGACGUAACGGUCUUCGUGAACUCACACCAGUUAUCUACCCCCUGGAUGGCAUCACGGUGUUAACCGACACUCUGGUUGAGAAGAUUAUACUUGCCAAGAAUUGCAGCAACGGGGAGCUGAGGGCAACCGGCGUUCAGCUCGCCAAUGGUACCCAGAUUUCCUCCAAGAACGUAAUCUCGGCGGCCGGAGCAUACCGAUCUCCCCAGCUGCUCAUGCUCUCUGGUAUCGGCGACGCUGAAGAGCUGCAGAAGCACAACAUCUCAGUCAGGCUCGACCUCCCCGAAGUUGGAAAGAAUCUCAUGGAUCACAUGUCAUUUUAUCAGUUCUGGAAGCUCAAGAACCCAGAGAAAGGUCUCGCGCUUGGCUCCAACAACCCACUGUUCUCACAGCCCGAGUUCGCUACCGGCUACCCGAUUGACUGGGUUGUGUCCACUGAUGUCGACAAGACAGGCCUUGCCGCUGCCAUCGCCAAAGACGAGGGUGCUGCACCAGAUGCCGCGACUCACUCGCUUCUUAAGACAGGCCGAAGUUUCCUUGAGAACUUUAUCAUUUACCAGGCCUACAGUGCCUCGAACCCUACCGUUCCUUUGGAUGGAUCGCACAUCUACACCAAUGUAGUCUCUUUCCUACCCACCUCCCACGGCACCGUCGGUCUCGAAUCCUCCAACCCCGCGACCGGACCAAUCAUCAACCUCAACUACCUUGAGACCGAGGUCGACCGCUACGUCUACCGCGAGGGUAUACGUCAAAUGACCAAGCUGAUGCUGAACACCACUUUUGGCAAGGAUUUCAUCGCCGGUGAGGCUGCGCCAGAUGCUUUUGAGCCUGUGUCGCUUGAUGACACUGACGAUUAUCUCAACUCUCGUCUGGCAGCGGGAGGUGCCACGACGUGGCAUCCUCAUGGCACGUGCUCCAUGGGCAAGGUCGUUGACUCCGAGUUCAAGGUGAGAGGUGUGAAGGGCCUACGUGUGGUGGAUGCCUCAGUUUUGCCUGUCCCCAUGGCUGCCCAUCUCAUGGCUCCGUUAUAUGCCAUGUCGGAGCAGGCAGCUGCUAUCAUCACUGGAAAUGCCUAG